AUGAUGGGAACAGAGAACCGGCUGGCCGAUCUCUGCGCCGCGGCGGAACUCAUGCAGUACAGGGAACUUAUGCAGGAGGAACAGAAAAAGACCAUCGCUGCCCAAACACAGCUCCAGGAGGCCUCCCUCGCCGCGCUUGAACAACACGUCCAGUCGCCCUACGCCGCGCUCGCUGCUGGACAUCAGCAUUAUCUCCCGCGUACUAAUAUCGUAUACGUACCGGUCCCGAUUGGCACUGCCGAGGCUGCCCGCUACGCCAGCGUCUUCAUCCCGCAAUAUCUUCCUGGCGCGCCGAGCUUGGGGCUGAGCCCCUACGCUAGUGCGCUCGGCGUGGCUCCUCCAGUGCCGCCUAAUAAGCUGACCCUAGCGCCUAUGUCCUCUCCUGUGCCGUCGUUAAGCUCGCCUGGCUCUGCUUUAGGAUCAAGUCUUGGAUCAGCAGUUUCUACUCCCACAGAGGAACGAGCGAUAAUUCUUCCCAAAGAAGAGAUUUGCGUUUCCACGCCUCCUAAACAAAGUCCGCAGCCAAUUGCCGUGCCAACCCAACUAAUCGCCCAGGACUCGAGCAGAAUCGUCCCAAAACAGAUCACUCUCGUCAAAAUGCGCCCAAAGAAAGUGCCCGACCAAGAAUCUCCCAGUGCAAAAGUAGAAGGUCAUUUCCGCCGCUCCCUUGGCUCCCCAAUCGUUGCCAGUCCAGUCGCGACUCCUCGACGAACGGAGAAGAAACGGCCACACACAGUUUACGUCGAUCAGAAUGUGGCGGCAUCACUUGACAGUCACUUUGAAAAGUCUCUGGGCGCGCAGGCUUGGAGAGAAUGUCUUGCCAAGCGGGCGAAGCUUGCUCCUCCACGACAACAAAACAACUAA